ACGUUCAUAUGCUUGGUGAAUGCUUGGAUCGAAUAGCUCGGAGAAGUCUUGAAGGGCUCUCUUUAGAAUUCUAUGCCGAGGUCUCGAAUGUCGUCUGUGUUCUGCUUUGUAUUCUCUCUGCUGCCGGGAUAGCUGGAAACAUGAUCACACAUCUCUACAUGAGGGAAUACAAAACAUGGCUCUCAAAAUCAAUUCUCUGCUCCGACAGUUUCUACUUACUACUGUCGUCCCUGGAGCUGGUCAAGCUAAAGUACGAUAUUUUCCCGCCAUUUCUCCUGAAAAUCUUCCCAGUCUUGAUUUACCCUUUUCACAGGGUGUUUCAAACAUUAUCAGUCUAUCUCCGACUUGCCCUACUUCUCAUCUCUGUAACAGGCACACAAGUCAAGGGUUGGAUUAUCUUACUGGGACUGGUGGCUGUAUCUCUCAUCGUCAACUAUGGAAAGUUCCUCGAGACUAAAAUCUCCACACUUUGCUGGGACUUUAGGGAGUGCAACUGCGGAAUUCAUAUUCAGACUUUAAUCCAGCAAAGCUCUCUGUGGAAUAAUAGACAGUAUGUAAGGUGA